AUCCGUCAUGCUGCCUCUGUUUACAGCAGGUUUUCCGGGUCUGCUGGGUUUACUGGGAUUAAUACUGGUUCUACUGGUUCUGCUGGUCCUGGUUCGGGUCUGGAUCGUCCUCAGGACCAGACCGAACCUCCGACAUGGACCAGGAAAGGGAAAGGUGUCGGUUCUGGUGGUGGCGGGAUCAGGAGGCCACACCACGGAGAUUCUGCGUCUGCUGGGUUCCAUGUCCACUGUCUACUCUCCUAGAACCUACAUCAUCGCUGACACCGACCGCAUGAGUGAAGAAAAGAUCUGCAGCUUUGAGAAGCAGAGACGGACCGGGACCGACCCGGCAGAGACCGACCCGCAGUUCAGCGUCCACCGGAUUCCCCGGAGCAGGGAAGUCCACCAGUCCUGGUUCUCCUCGGUUCUCAGCACCUUAAACGCCUUCUGGUUCUGUGUUCCCCUGGUGUUCAAGAUCAAACCUGAUAUGGUUUUGUGUAACGGGCCGGGCACCUGCGUCCCCCCCGUGGUUACGGCCCUGCUGCUGGGGGUUCUGGGGGUCCAGAAGGUUCUGAUCGUCUACGUGGAGUCGCUGUGUCGGGUCCAGACUCUGUCGUUGACCGGGAGGAUUCUGUACCCGCUAGCCCACGUUUUCCUGGUCCAGUGGGCCGGACUGAGGGACAAAUACCCCGGAUCUGUGUUUGUGGGGAGGGUUGUGUAAAAAAUACC